AUGGUGACCACUCGGGCAAAGAGUAAAUCACGAGGCCAAGAACAGAAGGUUGGAGCGGCCGUCGAGGGAGAGACGGGGACAAAAGGUCCCGCGACGAACGACGUGGAGGAGAAGGAGGAGGGAACUAGCUUGAAACCGAGUGAGUCGAAAGCGAAACAACGGAAGAAGGCACAAGCUGUGAGGGGGGGUCAUACCGCGGAAGGCGCACGCGACGACGACGACGACGACGACGACGACGACGACAACGGGGGAAAAGGUCACAAGAAGAAGUCGACGCCAAAAUCGAAGAAAGACCAGAAGGAGAAGGAGGAGGAGGAGAAGGGCCAGGGUCACGCCGGGAACAUUCGUGGCGAGAAAAAAAAUGGGACACCGGAGACCAUAUUAGCGCUGCUCCUGAACGCCAUAUUGUCCUCAACUCGAGUGUCACACAACAUUGCUGCGAAGACCACCGCUCUCGUGAUCAAGGCGAGAUACCACAAGCUUGACGUCCUGAAGAAGAGCACGUGGGAAGAAAGGACGGAGGUGCUAACCAAAGGUGGAUAUACCCAUUAUCGGGAAAAGACAGCGACCUUUAUGGGCCAGCUGGCGGAGCUGGUAGAGGAGAAGUACGCGCAAGACGGCGAUCUGAACAGGAUCCCAAGACUCACAUCUGGAGACCGGCGCAAGAUCCGAGCGGAGCUCCAAAAGAUCAAAGGAAUCGGCGACGUCGGCAUCGACAUCUUCUUCACCACCGCGCAGCACUUGUGGCCUUGUCUCACGCCCUGGAUCGACCUACGCAGUCGAAAGACAGCCGAGCAUAUCGGCCUCGGCAACGACGUGCAGACCCUGUGUGACGAGGUGGGCCACAAACCCGAAUUAAUGUGUCGGCUGGCGUGCGCUCUGAUGGACAUCCGGUUAGAGAAGGAGGCUGAAUGGGCGUGA